AUGAAUAAAUGCAGUUACAUUUUGGGUUUUGAGGAUGAGGUUGGGGACUGGAUUGAAAAGGAAGGAAGAAUGGGGGAAAUGGUUGUGGAGUAUUUUGCCAAUAUCUUCACUACUUCAAACCCAUCGGGUUUUGAUGAGGUUCUUGAGGGUAUGCUUCUCACAGUGAUUAAGGAUAUGAAUUUUGACUUAAACCAACCCUUUUUGGCAGAGGAAGUUCAAAGAGUGCUUCACCAAAUGGCUCCCCUCACAGCACCUGGUAUGGAUGGUAUGUCUCCCAUUUUUUAUAAAUUCUUUUGGCAUAUUGUUGGUAAUGAUGUUGUUAUGGCUGUUCUAUCAGCUUUAAAUACAGGUGUUGUCCUCGAAUCCAUUAACACCACCUUCAUUGCACUUAUCCCAAAAAUUCUGGAACCAAAAAAGGUCUCUGAUUUUAGGCUUAUCAGCCUUUGCAAUGUGAUUUACAAACUUAUUGCUAAAGUGCUGGUUAACCGGUUAAAGAAGAUGUUACCUUUUGUGGUUUCUGACACACAAAGUGCCUUUUUGUCGGGUCGCCUUAUUACUGACAACAUAUUGGUGGCCUUUGAAACAUUGCAUUACCUUAAACGGAAAACUCAAGGCAAAUUGGGGUUUAUGACUCUGAAGCUUGACAUGAGCAAAGUUUAUGAUAGAGUAGAAUGGUCUUUUUUGGAAAAAGCUAUGUUAUAUUUGGGUUUCUCGGAGAGAUUUGUGAAAAUAAUCAUGGCUUGUGUUACAUCAGUCUCAUACUCUGUGCUUUUAAAUGGGGAGCUGACAGGCUACAGAAGCAGAGUGCCAGAUAAUCCUAGAUGUGCUAUAAAUCUACCAGAAAGGUUCUGGCCAAAAAAUAAUAGGGAUAAGACUUGCAUCUUCUUUAGCUCAAACACUGAACCUGAGCUUCAAACCCGUAUCCAACAGGUCUUGGCUGUACCUGCAAUUAGGCAAUAUGAGAAAUAUUUGGGCAUGUCCGCUUUUGUAGGUUUGAUCAAGAAUAUUGAAGCUAUGAUACGAAAGUUUUGGUGGGGUUAUAGUGGGGAUUCAAGAAAGGUCCAUUGGGUGAAGUGGGAAAAGCUUUGUGAGGCAAAGGAAGUAGGGGGCAUGGGUUUCAAGGAGAUUGAAAAUUUUAAUGAGGCUCUCUUAGCCAAGCAAGUUUGGCACUUGCUAAACAGUCAAGAUUCUCUCUGCUAUAAGGUUUUCAAAGCUAGAUUUUUUCCGGAUUGUUCUAUUCUUGAAGCCAAAGAAGCGAAGGGUGGUUCCUAUGCAUGGAAAAGUAUUAUGGGUGCAAGGGAGGUGGUGAAACAAGGGCUGAUUUGGCGCAUUGGCGAUGGAGCUAAUGUGAGUAUCAAAGAAGACAAGUGGCUACCCGAUCCUUGCUAUAGAAAGGUUAGCUCCUCUCUGCCUUCUAUUCCACCUGAAGCGAAGGUUAGCUCACUUAUUGACCGUAACUCGGGAACAUGGAAAAAGGAGGAUAUCAAACAAUUGUUUUUGCCUCAUGAGGCAGAUGCAAUUAUAAGCAUUCCAUUGAGCUUGAGAAUGCCCACUGACCGGCUGGUGUGGUCAAAAACUCCUUCGGGGAAUUUCUCUUCCCAAAGUGCUUAUAGGUUGUUGGCUUCCAAUGCUUUAGCUACCAACCCAAGUAGCUCUAAUCCAAUCCCCCAGAGAUCCUUUUGGAGAGGAAAUUGGACGCUACGUGUCAUUCACAAGGGUGUUAAUGAGCACAGGGCUGAGUACUUCAUCAUUAUGGCGUGGAUGCUAUGGAAUAGGCGUAAUUUAGUUCGUCUCAAUCGCCCUGCACAGAAUCUGGAGUACAUUACAAGAGCGGCUGGCAAUUUUCUUCAGGAUUUCCUUAAAGCGCAGGAGCUCGUAUUCAAAGCCAACUUCGACGGUGCGGUCUUCCAAAGUAGCAACGAGGCGGGUAUCGGAGUGGUGAUCCGUGACCACAGAGGUGAAAUCAUUGGCUCCCUAUCUUUGCGUAUCCCCCUUCCUCCAACGGUAGCUGAAGUCGAAGGACUCGUAUGUCGCCAAGCUGUUCUGUUUUCAAAGGAGCUGCGUCUUCAUGAGGUGCUUUUUGAGGGUGAUUCGCAAAUUGUUAUCAAUGCCCUUGCAGAUGGUAGAGCUGAACAAUCCAUUUAUGGUCAUAUUAUUGUUGACAUCCUUCUUGAGGCAGCACAGUUAAGUUUUUCAGAGUUUGUGUAUGUUAAUCGCAAUUGCAAUAGAGUUGCUGAUGCAAUGGCGAAAAAGGCCAAAACAGUUUUAGAAUUUCAGGUUUGGUUAGAGGACAUCCCAGAGGAGUUUGUUCCUUUGGUUCUUGCUGAAAUUUCUUAA